GGUCAAAAGGUAGCUUUGAAGAAACGACUUUAUUGGCUAAAGUGCCAUACGAUGAUCGAUGGAAUGCCGGUUAUCAUCAUUCAUUCGGAAUGUCUGAUAAUUAUGCUGUUCUUUUUGAGACACCCGUUAGAAUCUCUGUGAAAAAAUUGUUGAUGAGAAAAGUGAUCUCUUAUUCAUUCCAUGAUAGUUUAUACUGGAAAGAUGAAACUAAUACGAAUGUGAUUGUGGUCGACAAGAAAACCGGAAUGAAGCAUACGAUUCAGUUCACCGCUCCUCCCUUCUUUACUUUUCACCACGCAAACACUUAUGAAGCUGAUGGUUUUAUUGUUGCCGAUUUCUGUCACAUGAAAAACCCUGGGAAAUUCGAUGAUCUUUUGAUGGAACAUAUGAGAGAUGGCACGUUUGGAACAAGGAAUCCCGAUUUCAUUCCCCAUCUCUACCGUAUGGUCAUUCCGACAACGAUUCCUGAUGGAGCGAAAGAUGGAGAUGAUUUGAACAAAAGCUCUUCCCAUCAUCGCGGUUCCACAGCAAUUCUACAAACGGAUGGCUCUGUCUUCUGCACUCCCGUCAAACUUUGUGAUUUCACUUUUGAAUUCCCACGUUACAAUUGGGAUAAAUACAACAUGAGACCGUAUCGAUAUGUUUAUGGAUCAACGCUGUUGUUUCCCGAGGAAACGAAUAAACUUGUUGGGAUAGUAAAGGCUGAUGUGGAAACGGGUAAAGUGCAAUACUGGACGAGAGAUCAUGAGAGACAGCUGUGCGCGGAACCGGUUUUCCUUGGCGAUCCAGAGGGAAUCGAUGAGGAUGAUGGUGUCCUUUUGGUGCCAGUGAUGACGGUGAAAGACGAGGAUUUGCCGAUUUUCCUUAUCUUAGAUGCUAAAGAUUUAUCAGAGAUUUGCAGAUAUUCGAUCCCGACUGAUCGUCUUCCCCCAAGUUUCCACUCGUUAUUCGUGCAA